UGGGACUAUGAUGUAGAACAAAAAUUAAAGGGACAAACAAGAAGCCACUGGAGCUACGUAUAAUGCCCGACUGGGUUCAGCAUGUUUUUCUUUUUUUUUUUUUUUAGUUCGGCUUGACUAGCAAACAAUCCAGUUGGUAGCAGCUAACACUAGCAUGGUGGAGAACCGAGAGCCAUCGGUGGAUGCAGGAAGGUUGAACUGACAGCACUCUAUCAGAGGAGGACAGACAACAUCACAUCUGAGGCAGCAGCUCCACCAUGUACCUAAGCUCCAACAACCCCACAAAGCCCAUCUGCACCAGCAGCAGCAUCACCGACCUGCUGAACGCCCUCUGCAGCUGCAGCCUUUCCGGUGUGUCCUGGAAGCGCAGAGCCCUGGGAGGAGUUUCCAAAGAAAGUUUCCACAGAGCACUCAAGAAACGAGCCUACGGCGCCCUGUUGUCUAAGCUGUUUCAAGAUGGCACCAAAGGCCCUGCCUCAAGACAGAGUGCCACGGCUAAUACGCCAGCCAGAAACAAAGUCCUCAUGAUGUGCUUUGACCUUAGGGUGGCAGGGUGUCGGGAGGAAGCAGAGAGGCUGGAGGAGCUGCUGGAGAAGCUGCCUGAAGGAGAGUCCUCUGGUCUGAAGGAAGUAGAUGCGGUGCUUGACCUCCUGGUGUGUCUAGCUGGCUGCGCGCCCCCACCUUUCACCUCCUUCAAUAAAGACUACAUGAGACGAGAGAGGACGGUUCUGCGGAGGCCGCGACCUUGGAGUUACCAGAGCAAGGAGCUGCAGAGGCUCGAGGCACGAGCGUGGGGUCUGGUCUGUGCAGAGGAAUGGGGGACCUUGGAGACUCUCCAUGGAACUAAUCGCUUAAUGGAUGCUCUACCGGGCACAGGACUGCUAGCUUUGAAGACUAAAUUGGAGGCAGAAGAAAGAUUUGAGAAAGAAACCAGGCUGACAUUGUUUGGAGCACUGCAGCACAGUCGUACAUCAGACUUAGACAUCAGGCUGGACAUGCCUCCCAUUCCCAGUAAUGUUGACGUUACUGGGUUGGUUAUCAGGAUUCCCUCCAGUUUAGAUCAGUCUGAGGAUGAGGGCUUCCAGUCGGCCUCAAACCUGACCCCAGACUCUCAGUCAGAGUCCAGCCCCGUUCCAGACAUCGAUAUUUGGGAGGCUCUCCGCACAUUUGAGCCUGGAAGACGCCGCUGCUGGGAGUCUGUUGGCUGCCCACCAGGAAAACGGGAGUCUUUCUAUCUGACGGAAGGUGGCAGGGAGGCCUUUGAUCAGCUCUACCGGCUGUGGGAGGGAGAGAUGAGGGUGGUGAGCUCGGGGAUAUCCUCUCCAAUCCUCCUGCUUCCCCUGGACUCCCAGAGGCAAUUAGUAUCUGACCUCCUCAAUGUCCUGAUAGGAGUGGCGUCCACUACCUUCCCUCUCAACCAGAGCGUUCAGUUUGACGUCAGGCCUGGUGUGUGUGUGUCAGGGGCCUCUCCGGAGAGCGUGUCUCGUCUUCUGGGGGAGUUGGCACAGUAUGGCACCUACUACCUGAGGCUGGGCUGCUUUUCUCUGCAGAGUGCUGACAAGAAGGGCCUAGUCUUCCAGGCAUUCACUGGAGGUCUGAGGAAGUAUCUGCAUUACUACCGGGCAUGUGUUCUCAGCACCCCGCCUACUCUCAGCCUGCUGACAAUCAGCUUCCUCUUCCGCAAAGUCGGACGCCAGCUUAGGUACCUGUCAGAGUUGUGCUGUGUCGACGGGCCUUCGGGUGCAGGCAAAGCCACCUUCCCUGUGGGGGUUAAACUGUUGUCCUACCUGUAUAACGAAGCUCAGAACAACUGCAGCAAUGAGAACUAUCCCGUCCUUCUGUCCCUGUUGAAGAGCAGCUGCGAGCCGUACACACGGUUUGUGUCUGACUGGGUCUACAGCGGUGUGUUCCGAGAUGUUUAUGGAGAAUUUAUGAUUCAAGUCAAUGAGGAAUACCUCAGCUUCAGGGACAAAAACUUCUGGGUCCAAGGCUACACUCUGAUCUCAAAGGACGUGGAGGACUGUGUGCCCAUCUUCCUGAGACACAUUGCCAACGAUGUGUACGUCUGUGGAAAAACCAUCAACCUCCUCAAAAUCUGCUGCCCACAGCACUACAUCUGCUGGUCGGAGCUGCCGGUACCCCGCAUCGCUGUCACCUUCUCCCUCCAGGAGGUGGAGGAGAUUGAGAGAGACUGCGCCGUGUAUCGCGGGCGCAUGGAGAGGAUUGCGAAGCACAGCGCGAUCAGCAGGGAGGAGCAAGCCCUGCGAGCAGAGCAGGCCCGCCAGGAGCUGAUCAAUCAGGUCAGAGAGUCCGCAGCAAAAACCCUGGAGAGCAUUCGAGGGCGCCAGGUGUCACUGCGUCUAGCUGAGGAGGCCAAGAAAAGGGAGCGCUUUGAAGAACUGAAACAGCACCUGGAACAGGAGCAAGAGUGGAGAAGUGCAGCCAUGAAGAAGCAGGAGGAGGAUGACUUCAGCUUUGCCAGAGAGCUAAGAGACAGAGAAAAGAGACUACAAGCCCUGGAGGAGCAGCUGGAGCAGAGAGCCAGGAAGGAGCUGAUUGCUCAGUACAGCCGUUUGUCAGAGGAAGCAGCGCGCAGAGAGAGACAAGCCAUGUGGAGAGUGCAGAGAAUGAGACUCCACGAAGCCCGCACUCAGUUCUUCAUGCUUGACAGGCAGAAAAUUCAGGAUUUACUGGAGAAAUAUCCACCAGGCCAGGAGAGAUCUCCCAUGGAUGUGUUACCAGCUGCUCUCUCAUCACAACAAACACUUGAGCAGUCAGCUGAGACUCUAGCAUCGAAAGCCGAGUCCCCAGCACAGGAUCCAUCCACAGUAAAGUCUUCUCUCAUCUCCGAGGACAUUGACAUCAGUGACCUUCUGAAAUCACCAAAGCCUGACAGUCAGCAAGUGGAUAAAGCCCUAGAGGAGAUUGGCUCUGACCUGCCUGAAGCCCGUCCUGCUUCACAACUUGUAGAAUAUGACUUCAGUGCCCCCUUUAGUCCGCACCAGGAUAUUGCUGGACAAGCCACAGUUCAGCCCAGACCUCGAUGGGGACCACCAGUUCAGUCUGAGUUGACCCAAAACCCCAUUUUAUUUGGAAGAAGUGUUUGCAAACAACCUUUUAUUCAGCAAGAAGAUGAGAGUGUUGCAUUUAAAAACUGUGAUCAAAAGGAGGCUGUAACAAAACAAGAUACUGGACAAGAAUCUGUCAUGUCUAAAAUAGAAGGUGUGGCUGUGGUGGUGUCAACUCCCACAACAGCAGAAAAUGUCACAGGUCAAAGUAAAUAUGAAAAACCAAGUUUUUCUGAUGAAAUAAAGCCAGCAGAAACAACAACUCAAGACUGCAGCUCAGUUGCUCGUGACAAACCUGAUGAUGUUUUUUUCUCUGAUAUUCAGAGUCCUGUCUCAACUGCCUGCAUCAAGGUUGGAGGACUGGUUUCAGAGGUUUCUCAGCCCCCACUCAGCACCCAUGUGCAUUCCUCUGAUGCUCACAUAAAGGUUGGACAGUAUGUGUCUGAGGUAACUGCUCCACUACCCUCCCCAAACAUUCAUGGGCACGCCUCCGACUCGCACUUCAAGUUAGGUGAUUAUGUUUCGGACGUUGAUGAUCUUACGCCGGCUUCUAGUCCUUACGGUCACUCUUCUGAUACCCACAUCAAAAUUGGGACAAAUAUUUCUGAUUUUAUCCAUCCAGUUCCUUCUCAAAACAUCCACGGCCACGUCUCAGACGCUCACAUCAAAGUCGGCGAGCUCGUCUCCGACGUAACGGUGCCUCUGCCGUCGCCGAGCGUUCACGGUCACAGCUCGGAUUCUCACAUAAAAGUCGGGGAGAACGUUUCAGACUUUGUCUCGCCACGUCCCGCUCUCAGCAGCCACGGACACUCCUCUGAUGCUAACAUAAAAGUGGGCGAGUUUGUGUCCAACGUAGCUGAAUCAAGACCACGUUGGAGCAAACAUGGCCAUGCCUCAGACUGCAUCCUCCAGCCAGGGUGUGUGGUGUCCGGAACAGAACCGCCCUCAUCCGCUUUGCCCGGAAGCUCAUACGGACACUCCUCAGACUCGACGUUAGGUGUUGGAUGUGUAGUCCAAGGAGAUGAGCCCAAGCGUUCUCCCUUACCUGGCAGCACCCACGGUCACUCGUCAGACUCACAUUUAGGCAUCGGGUGCGUUGUUUCUACAGCUGAACCGCUCCCAUCACCACUGCCGGGCAGCAGCUAUGGUCAUUCAUCUGAUUCAGCUAUGGGAGUUGGAUGUGUGGUGUUGGGGUCAGAGCCGCCACCCUCUGCUUUACCAGGCAGCUCUUACGGUCACUCCUCUGAUUCUACAUUAGGAGUUGGGUGUGUGGUGAAAGGGAAAGACGGUCCAAAUCAAAAGAGAGCAGAUGAGAACGGCACAGGUUUUAUGUCAAACAGCUUCCUUGAGCAGAAUAUUGAGGGGUCGGGGACCUGGAUGUCUGGUUUAGCUUUGUCUCCUGAAGAAAAAUCAGAACAGGAAUACCUCCUGGCUUUAUCUGCCCAGUACCAAGUGGAGCACUACGAAGACUGCUACAACCUGAUGGCCUCGUCGCCUGAGUGUCAGCUGCUGAAGCAGGUAACUCGGGGCCCCUGGGGCCUUCCCAUGGACCCCACACUCCGCAGAGCAACAGACACCACAGCUGUCCGGCUCAGUGAGAUGGUUUCCCUGCCUGUGCUGAUGAAACACUCUGUCACGGCCCCUCUCAUCACACACGUGUCUUUGGUGAACAAGGCUGUGGUGGAUUACUUCUUUGUGGAGUUAGGCGUGGAAAGACACUUUGAGGUGCUGCGUCACUUCCUGCUGAUGGAGGACGGCGAGUUUGCACAGUCCCUCAGUGAUCUGAUCUUUGAGAAGAUGGGCAGUGGCCAGACUCCAGGAGAGCUGCUGACCCCCCUGGUGCUGAACUCCAUCCUCAGUAAGGCUUUGCAGUACAGCUUACACGGAGACACCCCUUUAGCUUCUAACUUCACCUUCGCACUCCGCUUCCUCCCGGAAACCUUCCACCCGCACGCCCCAGACUCCCUCAAUUGUCUGGAGCUGCGCUACAAGGUGGACUGGCCGCUGAAUAUCAUCAUCACAGACAGCUGCAUGAACAAGUACAACCGCUUGUUUUCCUUCCUGCUGCAGCUCAAACACAUGGUGUGGAGCCUCAGGGAUGUUUGGUUUCACCUGAAGAGAACAGCGCUGGUGAGAGGUGCAGGUCGCUCGGUCCAGUUCCGCCAGCUGCAGCUGUACCGCCACGAGAUGCAGCAUUUUGUCAAAGUCAUUCAGGGUUACAUCGCCAACCAGAUCCUCCAAGUGUCCUGGACCGAGUUCACAGCUAAGCUGGCUGCUGCCAACGACCUGGAUGCCAUUCACCGCACGCACGCCGACUACCUCAACAGAGCCAUCUUUAGAGGUCUGCUGACAGAGAAAGCUGCUCCGGUUAUGAACAUCAUCCACAGCAUCUUCAGCCUGAUCCUCAAAUUUCGGGCGCAGCUGAUCUCUCAGCCGUGGGACAACCAGCAGGGGGAGGCAGUGCACCCCAGCUUUAUUGCCAUGCAGCAGUCGUACAACACCUUCAAGUAUUACUCUCAUUUUCUUUUUAAAGUUGUUACUAAGCUGGUCAACAGAGGCUAUCAGCCUCACCUUGAGGAUUUUCUGCUCCGCAUCAACUUCAACAACUACUACAAGGAUUCCUAAGAUGCAGGCUGGUCUGAUGUUUCAUGUGAGCAAAACGUUAGAAAUUUGACAUUUUGCUUAUUUAUUUAAGUUUAUGUGAGCUCACCUCAGCUGUUGUAAGGCAUAAAAGUGACUUUACAAACUGUUCAGGAUCAUGGUUUAAAGAAUUAGUCUUGUUCCAAAUAAUAGACAUCAACAUGAAUGAGAUUGUUUUUAAUGUAAAUAAAAAAGCCAGUGUUUUGUUUAUUAAAAGCUCUAAAUGUUGA